AUGCCUCAAUUCGAUUCUGAGGACUUUGGCGUUGCCGCCGCUCCCGUCAAGAGCAACAACAACGCACAGGAGGGUGCUUCGGGGGGUAGCUAUGGCGCCGUCGAGGUCCCAGCAACGAGAUCUAGCAUCGCAGAUGCUACGCCUUACAUGCACCAGCUGAGCAUCUCGCCUUCUCAGCGGGAUCGUCGUGCUUCCCGUAACUCCUUUGGUGCCUCGCUACCUAUUCCUCGAUCGAAGCGCCAGUCUCGCCUUUCGUCCGUUGCCUACGCCGAUGGCCGCCCCCAGAGACCAGGAAUGCCGGCGAUCCAGCCAACUCGUGAGAUUUUGGCAUCACAGGUCCAGGAUUUGUCGAGCGAGACUGUCAAGCUUGCCAAGGACAUGGCUUUCGUGUUUGACAUCGAUGGUGUCCUUGUCCACGGUGAUCGUCUGAUCCCAGAGGGUCAGCGUACGCUUGAGAUUCUCAACGGUGACAACGAGCUCGGCAUCAAGAUCCCUCAUAUCUUCCUCACAAACGGUUCCGGAAAGCCCGAGGCKCCACGAUGCGAACAGCUAUCCAAAAUCCUACACCAGCCCGUCAGCACUGAGCAGUUUAUCCAGUCUCACACACCAAUGAGUGCAUUGGCCGAAUACUACGAGACCGUUCUCGUAGUUGGAGGCGAGGGCUACCGCUGCCGAGAGGUCGCUGAGCAGUAYGGCUUCAAGAACAUUGUUGUACCAAACGACAUUGUCGCCUGGGACCCAACGAUCGCACCCUACCGUGUCUUUACAGAGGAGGAGCGCAAGACCUCCAACCCUCUCGACUUUUCGAAGCAUCGCAUCGAUGCCAUCAUGGUCUUCUCCGACUCUCGUGACUACGCAACCGACAUGCAGAUCAUUAUGGAUCUUCUCCAGUCCGAGAACGGCCUGCUACACACCAAGGCCAAGGAUCCCAUCUCUCAGCGCAUCCCCAUCUACUUCUCUCAGGGUGACUUGCUUUGCCCGACUGAGCACCCCACCCCCCGCAUGUCGCAGGGUGCGUUCCGUAUCGGCCUCGAGGCCAUGUACAAGGCCCUCACUGGCGAGGAGCUCGAGCGUGUCGUCUAUGGCAAGCCCGAGAUGGCGACGUACAAGUACGCCGAUGAGGUCAUGGCCAGCUGGAUGGAGAAGCUCCAUGGCGAGGAGAAGCUUCCCAGCCACAUUUACAUGAUCGGAGACAACCCAGCGUCGGACAUUAUUGGAGGUAACCUCUACGGAUGGAACACUUGCCUUGUUCGCACCGGUGUGUUCCAGGGUGGCGACAACGACGAGAACAACCCGGCCAACUUCGGUGUAUUCCCGAACGUCCUCGAAGCCAUCAAGACCGCCAUCCGAAAGGAGCUUGGCCAGGAGUUCAAGUUUGAGUGGAACGACGCCAAGAUCAACCCUCUUCUGCAGGGCAACGACGCCGCUGCUGUCGCCAUUGAGUAG